GUUUUUAUAUGUACACAACAACUGAAAUGAAAAGUGGAACCUUGAAAUGAAGCGGAACAAUUGAUUUUAAGAAAUAACAAACGUCAACUUGUUUUGCCAACUGGACAAGUCCUGUCAAAUGCAAAAAAAUGUUAUUUAUUUAUUGUUUACAUCCUUUCAAACAUAACAUUUUCCUAGUGAAUCUACUCAUCUGAAUUCCUGUUUUAUGCUACAAUAGUGUCCUUCAUACAAAAUGUCGUGGCUGAAUUUAAAUCAAAGUUUUAAUAGUUUGAAGGGACAGAUUACAAAUUUUGCUUCGGAAGUGUUAUCCGAGAAUACGACAGACGAUAUUGAUUCAGAAGAAACUGGAAUAAGCUCUUCGUUCAAGGAACUUGAAGAGAAAUGUAAUACCCAGCAGUUAGAGAUAGCAGCUCUAAAGAAGUUAAACGAUGAGUUACAAGCUACGCUACAGUCUGAGAGGAUAUCCAAGAAGAAUGGCUUUAGGGAAGAAGAAACCACAUGGUAUUGGGAUCCACCGUCGCAGUCAACGGAACCCAUUGACCAUGAGGUUGAAAAUCAAUAUAAAAUACACAUACGCACGCUACAAGAAGAAUUAUCCGCCAUGAAACAGCGCAGAGAUAGUAAAGAUUCAGAACAUCCUAAUGAAGUGUUACGCCUUAAAGAAGAGAAUAAUAAUCUUAUCAAAAACUUGGAGGAUUUAGAUAAUCAGCACCGACAGGCUAUGGACAAACUUCUAACUUUGAAGAGGGACUUACAACACAACUUUGAAGUCCUUAAAAAAGAACACGCAGAUUUGAAAAAUACAAAUGAGGAAUACGCUAAUGAAGUCAAAGGUUUGAUUUUAAAAAUAAAUGAACGCGAUAAAGAAAUAGCGCGAUUAAAACAGUUUUGCACCGAUUAUGAUACUUUAGCGCAUAAGUAUCAAAAUCUAGAAAGGGUUCACAUGCUGUUGAAAGAAAACGCGGAGAAAUUCCAAGAAGAAAACCAAGAUUUACAUGAAGAAAUAUUCAAAUUGCAAGAGCAAGUUACCAGAUUGGAGCAUGAUGCGGAACUACAUUUUCAAGGACCGGAGAAUAUUGACACCGUUCCCAAGGAUCAAUAUGAGGAAUUAUUGAAACAAUACAACGGUUUAAAAGAGAGAAAAAGUCCCAAUAAUUUACAUCCAGAUGAAAUAAAUAUAGAUGAUAAUGCAAAAGUUGUAAUAGAGACUUUGAAACGAGAUAUUCAUGAGUUAAAACAUAAAUUGGCUGUACAGGAAAUUCAUUGUCCCGAGAAAUCGGACAAUAAAGUAGUCAAAGCUGAUAAGAUAAUACAACUUUAUAAUAAGUACGUAAACUUUGAAUUACCUAUUGACUAUGUCGGAGAAAUGCCCUCUGACGAUAAUCUUGUAUUAUUCAAAAUCGAAAGUGUCUUUAAAACUGUUAACUCAUUUAAAAAAGAAAUCGAUAUGCUGGGACAAUUGUUAUCUGAAAAGAAUCAUAAUAUAAGCCAAUUACAAACUCAAAUUGAUGAUAUGACAACUGAAAACGAUUUUCUCACAACUGAUUUACAGCAUUAUGAAAGAGAAUUAGAUGAAAUGAAGAAAAAUAAUGAUUUCCUUAUUUCCGAAAUAACAGCUCUAAAGAAUUCGUCUAAAUUGGAACCUAUUAUUGAAACACACGAAGACAAUUACACGAAACUAGAAACUGAAUUAGCAGAUUCUACUAGGAUGAAUAAAACUUUCGAAUCAGAAAUAAAAAGGAUAGAAAAAGAAUUAGUAGAAGUUAAGACAGAGAAAACUAAAUUACAACAAAGCUUAAAUGAUUUGAAACAAAAAUAUACAUCUAUGCUAAAUGAACUAGAUUUGUGCAAAACUCAGACUAGUAAUAUGGCUGAAUUAGAAAAUAGUUCAAACGUUCUAAACAAUGAAAAACUUGUUGAUGAAAUUGACGCGUUGAAGAAGAAAUUGAACGCACUUAAUGCUAAAAAUGAGCAAAGCGCGAUAGAUAAACACAUUUUAGAAAACGAUAAAGUCUUGCUCACAAAAGAAAUAGAUGAUCUUAAAAAUAGCUUACAAUUAAGAUUAGGUGAAAUUAAAAAAAUUGAAGUCGAGAACAACAAUCUGAAAUCCAACGCAACAGAACUAUUGAAGAAGAUUAAGGAAUUUGAAAAUAAAUAUGAGAAACCAAUUACCACCACUGAGGAGACAUGUUCAACAGCUACUGAUAAACAGAGUACUGUGGAUAGUUUAGUGUCAGAAAAUUUGACUUUAACAACAAGAAUAGAUGAAUUAAAUGGGAAUUUAAAAACAUUGAAUACAAGUAUGACAGAACUGUUAGCUGAAAACGAUACCCUCAAGAAUGACGCUAAAACCCAACUGCAAAAAAUUGUAUCACUUGAGAAAUCAAUAUCAGAAACUGAAAAUGUCGUCAAACAAUUUAAGACGAUUACCAAAGAUGUAGUUGCUCUAAAAGAAGAGAACGACAGACUCUUGCACUUGAAGGAAGGACUGGAAACGGAACUUUUUGCCGCCAACAACAAAAUAACUAACCUUGAAGAAGAAUUAGGCAAAUUGGUGUCAGAUCUCAACGAAAAAGAUGUCACAAUUGAUAGACUUCGUGGCAACGAAGGAACUAUUGAGAAAUUGCAAAAAAAUAUAUCCUCAAAAGCGCAAGAAAUAGAAGCCUUAAACACGGAAUAUAAAAAAUUGAAUGACAAACUCAGUAAAACGUCUGACAAUUUAAAUCGAAACCAAGAUGAGUUGAGUUCAUUACAUGUGAAAAAAGAGGAGAUUGAUAAACAAUUAUAUGCGUUAAAUGACGAGGUUAACCAUAAAAACACAGCUAUAGCCAUGUUGUCAGAUCGCAUUGAGAAAUUAGAAAAGACAAAUCAAGACUUCAAAUCCUUAGUUGAGAAGAAAGAAAAACAAAUAAAGGAACUUAACGAAUCACUCACAGAGCUUACGGAUAAAUUAAAAACAAUUGAUACAACUCACCAAAAUGACGAAUAUAAUAAAUUAAUUGAUCAAUUAACAGCAAUUGGCAAACUAAGUUACGAAUUGAAUCAACAACUUGAAAAUAAGCACAAAGAAAUUACUGACUUGGAACACAAAAUGGAACAGUUUGAGAAAGCACACGUUGAAUAUCAAAAUAUUGUGGAACAAUCACAAAUUGAGAAAGCUAGUCUCAUUAACCUAAUCAAUUUAAAGCAUAAUGAAAGUCUACAAUACCAUAAUGAAAUCCAAAGAUUGAACCUCGUUAUAUUGGAACAAACGGAGAAACAGAAAAAAUUGGUACAAGAAAUGGACGCAAUCGCACAGAAUAAAACCACAAAUUGUCCUAAUUGUGACAAUCUUAGAACAUCUCUCAAAGAAAAAGACGAAAUGAUUGCUGUUUUAAACGAACACAAGCAAGAGAAAGAAAAACUUAAAAUAGAUCUUAACAAUGCUGGAGAAACUAUUAAAAACUUGACCAAGAGAUGCGAAGAUUUAGAUAGCAAGCUAACAAAUCAACAGGAAACUAUGAAGAAAUUGACUGCAGAGAACGCGCAGUUGUUAGAAGAGGAACAGAAUUCAUCGAAGGAAUUGGAGCGUUUGAGGGAACAUUUAAUGGAGAUGGAAGAAAAUUAUACGCAAGAGUUGAUGACAUCAGAACAAAAGCUCGCCGAAUGUCAGAUGAGAUUACAACAAGUGGAAGAAAAAGCUAAACAUUCUUGUACCGUUUAUACCAGCAAUAGCAUCCGAGCUAAUCAAGAAGUGGAAACAUAUAAGAAUCAAAUAAAACUUCUAGAAAGGCAAAGAGAAGAAGUCCAAGCUAAGUUGAGUGAUGCUGAAGACGCUAGAAUUCGAAGUGAAGCGUCUCUUACCAAUCUCCAAGUCGUACUAGAGCAGUUCCAGUUAGAAAAAGAAAGAGAUGUAGCAGCUGCUACGGAAAAAAUACAAAAGCAAUUGGACGAUAUGAAAUAUAGGAAUAAUAAACAAAAAGAAGAAAUAGCGAUAUUGAAUUCAAAGUUGGAUGAGUCUUUGGCAGGAUUACAAGCAGCCUCCAGAUUGGGAGACCAAGUCGAAUCUAAAGCAGCACAGAUAAAUGAUUUAAAGGAACAAGUGAGACUUCUGCAGACGUCAGUAUCGAUGGCGGAGCAACGUUACUACAACGCGGUGUCCAACCAGCAGGACAAAGUCGACAAGAACUUGGUCAAGAACUUGAUAAUUAACUACGUGGUGACUGGCGCUCAUAGCGUUAUUAACAAAACCCAGGUCUUGCGUAUUCUAUCAACAGUGCUAGACUUCAACCAGCAAGAAUGUGAGAAGCUAGGUCUUGUUAGAUCCACAACGACAACUGACAGUUUAGCCGCAGAGUUUGUCAAGUUCCUACAGAACGAAUCUAAACCUCGACCCCAAUUACCGAUUAUGAAUCUAGCACAAUCUAGAAGUACAACGCCUACGUCUAGGAGAAGUUCCACAAUGGGUCCCCAUCCAAUCAUAGAUCCAGGUCACAGAAGGAACCCUUCAACUGGUUCCAACAACGUGUUGUUCCAAAACCUGGACAGUGAUGGUAUAUCACCGGGGUCUACUGAGUCCGAGCCCAGGGUCCUGAACCUGGGUCAGAUGGACACAGGAGUUACGCAGACGAGGACCAGCGAAAGCGCAAUUUUAAAGCACGUGCUUAAAGAUAUGUGAUAUCCGAACUUUAUCAAAUAAAUUAACAAGAAUAUCGAAAGCAUUACGAAGGGUUUAUAUGUGAAGUCUUUGGCUUGAGCUACUGACUAUAUUCUACAGGAAUGGGCAUAUCGGCAUUAGGGUAGGGCGAGAUAGGGCAAGUUCAGGGCGUAUUUAAGGGGCGCCAUUCAUAUGGGACGCUAUACAAAUCUCGCCCAAGGUAAUGCUAAUUGGCUCUGCGUCUUGGUAUUUUGUCCGAAUUUAAGCUACAACGCUGUUGCCAGCGGUUCCAAAACUAAUAGAAUUUACGCCAUUUGCAUAUUAAGAGCGGACGCCUUUGACUAAUCUAUCGCACAACUGUAUUUAGUAGCAUAACUAAAAAUCGAGUAGUGUGCACCAUAUAAGCUCAUAAUCAAAGCGAGACUAAACAGUUGUGCGAUACUUUAGUCAAAAAUGUGCGCGUUCUAAGUCUUCGAUAACUAAUGGAACAGUCGUCGUUCCCAAGCAACGACAAAUCAGAGACUACCUCAAAAUAACAAUGGAGUUAUGCGCCUUAAUCUAAUUUCCACUGUUGCGACGACAGCCACUCAGUGGAAAUAGCCACUAAUAAUGAUACGAAAGAAUGACUAAAGAAAAUAAUAACUAUGGAUUUUCUGUUUUAUUCACAUUGAAUUUGUAAUUUCUUAUACUAGCUUGUCAACUAUACAUCUAUUUUUCUUUAAAAAAAAAAACAACAUAAUGAAUGAAAUAUUUACCCAUUUUCAUAGACUAAUUAUUCAUAUAGAGUCGACAAUCGAUUGAAUACAUAAAAAAGUCGUUUUGUAUUUGUGAACAAAACUUUAGUAUCAAACAAUAAAUGCAAAGACAUUUCCAUUGUAAUACUAUGAAAAAUGUUUUAUUUCCAAAUUCACAAAUAAAUAAGCGAUUUUUUUAUGAAUAUCAAAUACUUAUAAUUUUUUAUUUUCAUAUUAAUAGAAUUUACAGGUAUUUUAAAGAAAAUGUGAUAUCCUAUUUCUUUCCUGAAAUCGUAUAAAAUAAAAUUUUAAAUUGUAGUAUUUUUUCAUCUGCUUACACCAAACACGUUAAGAGUGCCUAAAAUUUAAGAGCAAUAAUUACUCUAUUUUCUUUUUAAUAACGUAUUGAACGAUUAUAUAAUGUUUUCGAUAUCAUUGGUUCCUUGAGAUAUAUUGCCAUAGUCAUCCAAAAAUGUAUAAACCUUAUCAAAUAUCUUGGCGGUUCGGAACAUUGUACGUGUCUUAUAAAAAUACUAGCUGUUCCCGUGCGACUUCAUCCGCAUGAAACUGUAAAAAUUUUAUUUCAUUGUUCACAUUUCU